AUGUCUCAGGAAGUUGACUUCUCCGCCGUUCCAGUCCUGGACUACUCUCUGAGCAACGAUGCAAAUGACAAGCCAAAGUUCCUCUCACAACUUCGACAUGCUUUGAUCAAUGUUGGGUUCCUCUACCUCUCUAACCACCCUGUGGCGCAAGCGGACAUAGAUCUGUUGGUUAGCUACAUACCCAAGCUGUUUACGUUGCCGCAAGAGGCCAAAGACAAGAUACGCAUGGUUAACUCGGAGCACUUCCUCGGAUACUCGCGGUUUGGCGCCGAGCUCACGAAGGGCGCUGUUGACCAGAGAGAGCAGUUCGAUUUUGCGACGAGGCAUAUCUGCAGGUGGAAGGAAGGCGAUCCUGAGCAUUAUAAAUUGUGGGGCCCGCCUCAGUGGCCAGACGAGAAGCUCAUUCCGGGAUUCAGAGAGGUGCUUGAACGAUACCUAGAUCAAGUGCAAGACCUGAGCAUGAGGUUUAGCUCCUUGAUCGCAGAGGCGUUUGGCCUUGGACCAGACGGCUUAUCGCAAUUCUAUGACACCCCAGAGCUCAUGCAACAUCGAUCGAAGAUCGUCAAAUACCCCGUUGUCAGUGGGUCCAGUGACCAAGGUGUUGGGCCCCACUACGAUGCCGGUUUCCUCACAUUCUUGUUACAAGCCUCCAAUCACCGCGGACUUCAGGUCCAGAACCUCUCCGGGGAAUGGAUAGAUGCGCCGCCCAUCCCUAAUACUUUCGUGGUAAACAUUGGGAAAGCCCUGGAGUUCGUGACCAAGGGGAUUGCUCGGGCUACUUCUCAUCGCGUUCUCUCCCCUAAGGGAGAGACCCCUCGGUACUCUGUGCCCUUCUUCCAGAAUAUUGGGCUGGAUGUUAGGCUUACUGAUCACGUCCUGAACUUCUCUCCCGAAAUACUUGCACUCAGAGACAAACGAGGAUACGUCGCUGCAACCGACUCCGUCAACUUCUCUGAAUUUGAUCGCGAGCCUUCAGGAAAGGUCAACCUCAUUGGAAGAGUCAAGAGCCAUCCUGAUGUCGGCGAGAGACACUAUCCCAAACUCUUCCGUCAGAUCUUCCCCGACGGCUUCUCGGGGAAGGGAAGCGCGUACUAA